GUAACUGACUAGUCUUAGUAUCAUGGCGACUUGUAUGUUAUCUUUAACACUCUCUAACGGAGAACGAGAAAUAACUGUUCAGGUUUCUCCAGAAGUCCACGAAAAAAUCUUAAAUGGUGAUAUUCUGGGGGUUAAGAAAACACAGAGUGAACUGUCUGAUGUUUCGUGUGUGAAGUAUGACACAUCUGAAGAUUUAAGGUGAUUCAGUGGCAAUGUUGGGAAGUAUAGAGAUUAUAGAAGUAGUAGACAUGCCUAAUUCCUGGAGCAGGAAAGAUUCAAGUUAUGCUGAAGAAGUUUUUAAUGCUUAUGAAAGACUGAAAGCCAGAAGCAAAACAUCUACUAAUUCAGAUGCAGCAGUAUGUCUACAGUAUUCUCACUUGUCUCCUAUGAAAUCAAUAGACUCUCUGGAAAUUCCUUCUAAUCUUGGCUCUGAGGAGGAAGAAGUAUACAAUGAAUAUGAAAAACUAAAGAGUGCAACUGAGACAAUUGCUGGCUUUUGUGAAGUACCAGUAUGUACAACACCCUUAGAAAUAGCUCCUAUUGUGAACCUGACGGAGACCUCUGUUGGUACUUCUGGAGAAACAGUGUGUGCAGCACCUUUCACAAAAAUUCCCCUCAUGUCCACGACAUGUGAAAUACCUAAUAGUGGCUCCGAAGAGAUGAUUUUCAAAACAGCCUUGCCCUCAGUUCCCCUGAUGACAACAACAGUUGAAACAAUUGCUUCUUCUGAAAAGCUAGACUAUACAAGAACUUUAACAACAGUGUCUUUGCCAUCAAAUACAACAGAGGAAGUUUCUAAUUCAACAAGAGAUCUAGCACAAGUACACACAAGGUAUUCAUCUGCAUCUCCCUUGAAGUCACAGGAUAUAUCCUCAAACUCUCUUCGACAUGAGGACGAAGAAAGGUUUACUUGGACAUAUGCAGCAACCCUUUUGUUAAUUAAUGAGUAUAGACAACGACAACACAGGUUUGAAGAUAAAACAACUUUGAAAAAAGGUGUCUGGAAGGAAGUUGUAGCAGUUUUCAAAAAACAUGGUUAUGCAAUUUCUGUAAAGCUUUUGAGAAAAAAGUGGUCUAAUAUGAUAAGCACCUACAGGAAAAUCAAAGAUCGCACCAUAGGGACAGGUGAAGGAAGUCACUGGAAGUAUUUUUGUAUGUUAGAUGAACUUCUUGAUAAGAAGACAUCUGUUCCACAAAUAACAUAUCUGGAGCUUCCACUCAGUUCUGAGACCCCUUCACUCGAUACAUCUAGUAGCAUUCCACCAGAUACUACUCUACAGUCACCUCCUCAGUCAACAACACUCCCCUCACAGUCCUGCUCCCCACCAAGAAAAAGACGAAAAAGGCGACGUGAUGAACAGACACCAGGAUGGUUUGUUGAGUUUAGAAAAAAGUGGCGUGAACAUGGAAAAAGGACUCUUAUGGUUCAGGAAGCCCAACAUAAAGAACGAAUGAAAAAAUUAUCAAUGCUUACACAGUCCAUACAAGAACUGUGCAGAGUCAUAAAGGAGAAAAAAUACUCCAUGUAAUCAAUGUAUAGUACUGAAAUCAAAGCUAAAUAUUAUGUUAUUGAAACUGUAUAUGUUUAUUUUCAUAUGUUGUUAGUCAUAAAAUAUAUAAUACUUCAAUUAAAAGUU